CGGUGCCUCGGGUGCCCCGCGCUGCCCUCGGCAGAGCCGCGUCCGUGCGAGUCCGGCGGGGCCGCGCCAGGCAGGCCCGCCCAGCCCCGGCGGCAGCGGGGCCGGGCCGGGCCGCAGGGUAGCGGGGCCGAGAGCUCCGGCCAUGGCGGCCAACGAGGACCAGGAGAUGGAGCUGGAAGCGCUGCGCUCCAUCUACGAGGGAGACGUGUGCUUCAGGGAGCUCAGCCCGGUGUCCUUCCAGUACAGGAUAGGUGAAAGUGGAGAUCCCAAAGCCUUUCUAAUAGAAGUUUCUUGGCCAGAAACAUAUCCACAAACAGCACCAGUCAUAUCGAUGGAUGCUUUCUUCAACAACACCAUAUCUUCAGCUAUUAAGCAAAGUAUAUUGGAUAAGUUAAUGGUAGAAGUUGAAGCAAAUCUUGGAACUGCAAUGACAUACACACUUUUUGAAUAUGCCAAAGACAAUAAGGAGGUGUUCAUGGAAAAUCAACCUGUUAACACUGUGACUUCAGUAAGCAAUAGUAUUUCAAUUGGAACUCCUGAAGUGCCACCAAGUAAGAAAAAAGAGAAAAAGGAGCAGUUAUCCAAAACCCAGAAACGAAAACUAGCCGAUAAAACAGAUAACAAAGGAGAGCUUCCACGAGGAUGGAACUGGGUUGAUGUAAUUAAGCAUAGACCUACUGGCAGUGGAAAAUCAGUGAUUACUCAGUAGGAUGAGAGUCUCUUGAUUGUAUGGCUACACCACGUAUUUAAAUUCCUGAGUUUUGCAGUAGAGCUUUGUUUGGCCUGAGAAGACAAGUGUCAAUACCAGUUACAGUGAAUUAAAGGUAGCAGAUGCCCAGAAUGCUGUGGGUACCAUUGCUCUCUAAUGCAUCAAAUUGCAGGGAGUGAUGCAGACUGCCUUUAAAUAUGUUGAAUAGAGAGAUGACAGCUGUGAUUAGUCAGCAGUGUGUGCCUAGCAUAUCCUGCUCACCCCCUUGGUCAGCCUGACACAGAUACUCUGAAAUCAAGGCUGGUAAUUUCUGCAGUCUUGCUCUGACUGGUUGUAUGUGAGUGCAUAGAUAAAGAGUGCCCGACUGAUGAGCAAUUACAUUUUGGUGAGUAAAAGACCAGCAGGAAAACAGCCAGCAUUUCUUCACAGAGGACCUGUGACAUAAGUGCAUAUGUGAGGGUGCUAUCCUCUUCACAUCUGAGGCAAUACAAAUUAUUUUGGGUUAUUUUACUAUGAAAUUUGUGCUGUGAAAAUCCUUGAACUGGUCUGAAAAAUGUGAAUGAAUUUCCAUUUGGAAAUUGUUUCCUUCAACAGUAUGGCACCCUAAGCUCUUGCAGUUAACAGCAGAACGAAGUGGGGAGGAGAUGUUCAUUCAACAGAGAAAAUAGCAGAAGUGUGAGAAUUCUGGGUGGAUUGGAGCAGGAAGUGAGUGGGGGAAAACAUCCUCAUAUGCAAAACUAGAAGAGCAUAGGGGAUAAAUUUUCGUUGCUGCAGGACAAUAUAACAAAACAAAAGCUAAAUUCUGGCAUGAGCUUGGGGUAUGGUAAAGGACAAUAGGAUUGUAGAUUUUUCUUUCUGUUGCUGUGGUUUCUUUCACCAAAAUGGAUUUGGCUUCAUCUCAGAAUGGGUCUGUUUUGUGGCUGUGAGAAGAGUUUGUUUGCCUGACUGCUAUGUUUCCUGUUGCUCUCUUUCUGAGCCCAUGUAAGCAGCCUCUGAAAGCCUGGCGUACUCUCAGAAAUAACUUAAGACGAACAUAUUGACUAGGCACUUGAAAAUCAUUAACUGUUUGUCCUCUCCUUCAUUCAGAGCAGAGUGAGGAGUGACUCCAAAUGUCUUAGUUACACAAGACAUGAAUAUCUUCAUCCAGGCACUGGUGUUCUGUGUCAGACUGAAAAUGUUACAUUGCUAUCCCUUGCGUCUGUGUCUGAGCAUUCGUGCCUGUGCUUCCUACAGAUGUUGUAUUUGAAGUAUUCAUGUUAAAAAUAGGGCAGAAAUUUGAAAAUUCUUACUGUGGUUAGCUACUACAAGUUGUGUAUGUUGUGAGAUGGGAUAAGGUCUGGCAGUGAGAGGGAAAGCCAAGCUGUAACUCCAGAGCCUUACUGGAGAGGAGUGAGGUUGUGUGGUGUCUCUGGGGGCAGAGCUGCUGCUGCAGUGUCUGUAUUGCUGCUGAUGGUCAGCAAGGGAAAUUAGCCUAGUCGGAGUUUGGAACAUACCAUUCAAGAAGCAAUAUAGAAGGAAGAAAGAAAUCUUUUUCUCAAACAAUCACCUGCUAUAGUGCUAUUGUUGAAAGACAAUAAACACAGCCUUGACUGGAUUUACUCUUCAGAGCUAAACCUUACUUUAAGUCCAGUAUCUCUGUCAGUGAUGCAUUCUGUGAUUUCCUGCAGGUAAAACAAACGUGAACAAAGCAUUGUUAUGUGAAGAGCUGCUGUUCCACUGUAGAGAACCAUUUGAUCUCUACCUAUAGUGAAAAUGAUGCUUCAAUUGACCUUGAAGACACAGAUUUUAUAAUAGCUCAGGGAAAAGUAGCAGCCCAUCAAUAAAAAGUAGACAGCCUCUGUAACAAACUCUUAACAAAUUUUGCCCAGCUUUAUCAGUUUUAUAUUUUUAUGUGAAGAUUAGUACUAGAGUAUUACCAGGUUUUAGUUAACUGGUAUAUUGCAUAAUUAUGAUUUUCCUUUCCCCUCCUCAUGCCAUAUGUCUUUAGAUGAUAAAAGUACAGGAUGUCAUAUAGAAAUUUAUUUCCAAAAUUAAAAUAGUGCUAAAGGAAAGGAAAUAAUCCUACUCAGAAGUAAGGAUGUGCCAAAAUUAAAGCUGGUUAUGUGAUGUUUAUAUAAAAAAGAAUUCAUGGGAAGAUUUUCUUUCUGUGACUAUGUGGUUUUUAGGGUUUGUUUGUGGGUUGUUUUUUUUUCCCCCAGUAGAGUCCAAACAGAUGGUUGGUGCUUUUCUUCCUAGUGUCCCUGUUAGUGGGAAAGCAAUACAAAAACUGAGUUUUAGUACUCUCCUAAGGCUGAAAAGAAAAAAAAAAAGUUUUCACUUAGUGAAAGCAAAUAAAGUAACAGAACUGUCUCUGGAACAAAGUGCACCUUUGAACAGGAUGGCCAGGUAUUGAGGCAAAUUAAUUUGCUUUAAUAAAAUGUACUGGAUCUGAGUGGUUUAGUCUGCUUCAGAGUCUAUCUUCAUGUGGUGGAUUUUUGAGUUAUACAUGCUUAUGAAUAAUUUUAGCUUUUAUACAGAAAG